AUGAUAGGAGGAAGUACAAGAAUUCCAAAAGUAGUUGAAAUUUUACAAGAAUUCUUUAAUGGAAAAGAACCAAAUAAAAGUAUUAAUCCAGAUGAAGCAGUUGCAUAUGGAGCAGCAGUACAAGCAGCUAUAUUAACAGGAACAGGAGGAAAAGCAACAGAAGAUGUAUUACUACUUGAUGUUGCACCACUUACACUUGGAAUAGAAACAGCAGGAGGAAUUAUGACAGCAUUAAUUGGAAGAAAUUCAACAAUUCCAGCAAAGAAAUCAGAAAUAUUUUCUACAUAUACUGACAAUCAGCCAGGAGUAUUAAUUCAAGUAUUUGAAGGGGAAGCAUCAAUGACAUCACAUUGUAAUUUACUUGGAAAAUUUGAAUUAACAGGAAUACCACCAGCACCACGAGGAGUUCCACAAAUAGAAGUUACAUUUGAUAUUGACGCAAAUGGAAUAUUAAAUGUAACAGCAGAAGAUAAAACUACAGGAAAGAAGAAUAAAAUUACUAUUACAAAUGAUAAAGGAAGAUUAAGUAAAGAAGAGAUUGAUAAAAUGAUAAGAGAAGCAGAGAAAUAUAAAGCAGAAGAUGAUGAGAAUAAAGCACGAAUAGAAACAAAGAAUCAAAUAGAAAAUAUGUGUUAUUCAAUGAAGAAUACGAUUAAAGAAAUGGGAGAUAAAAUAAGUUCAGAAGAUAAAAAGAAAGCAGAAGAAAUAAUAGAAAAGAAUUUAAGAUGGAUUGAUAAUAAUCAAAAUGGAAGUAAAGAAGAAUAUGAGAAGAAAAAAGAAGAAAUGGAAAAAGAAAUAGGAGGAAUUUAUUCAAAAAUAUAUCAAGGAAGAGGAAGUAAUGAAUUUACAGGAGGAAGAAAUACAGAAAAAGAAAAUAAUAAUAAAGGACCAACAAUUGAAGAAGUUGAUUAA